AUGGCGAUAUGGCCAUUUGGUCGCAAGAGCAAGCGGCACACCAUCCAAGUGACGGGUGCCGAAGCUACUGAUCUCCAAUCGUCCUUGGCUCAAGAUCCCACAAUCGAGCCAACCUUGGGUCGCAAACCUUCAAAACGCCAUCGCUCCUCGCGAGAAGAAAGCCGACGCAGUUCGGCCCUCGUGCCCUCUAACCGACCUAUCUCAUCCCUCGACCGCCCUGCCUCCCUGGCCGAGCACCCCCCGCGCGAAUGUCCUCCCUCGAGAACUGGAUCCCUCCUGCGGCGGAAACCCAGUCAGAACAAUGGCCCUAAUAAACUCCGUCGUAGGCUGAGCAAGCGCAAGGCCAACGAAAUUAUGCGAGAGCGAGAAAUCCGAAUGCUCUCUUCCACCCCAAUCGACAUCCCGCACCGCCAGGUGCCAGGCAACGGAGAUUAUGUACCGGAUCAUCGACGUCGCAAGGCCAACGGGCGACGUACCGACCGGUACAUGUCUGACAUCAGCCUCUCCAUACGGGACUCCGCCGCCUCCUCCGCAUCUGACAUGUCCGACCCUUACACUUACAAAGUCAACGCUUUCGCUGCCCUGACUCCACGCCCAGUGGUUCGCUACGUGGAAGCACCUCGACUGCAAACCGCCAGAAGCAACAACCCGCCCUCUACCCGACAGGACAAGGAGAGGCUCGCCGCUUUGACUCGAUCGGAGGAGGAUCUCUAUUACUCAAGACGACGAGUGAAUGAACUCGCGGACUCGUUGGACGCUGGGGCUCUACGAGAGUUAUUGGAGCGAGACCGCCGCCGUCGCGAGAAGAAGCAGAUCGACGACCAAGAAAAGCUGCGCCGUAAGCUGCAGGAGAGAGCCGAUGCUGAACAGGCGCGCCACGAGCAAGCCCAGGUUCCCCCAGAACACGAGCCCAAACCCGCCCAACCGGAGCCGUCCAUCGCGGACACAGAUCCCUCCAUCACCGAGCCUGAACCGUCUGUAGCCGAGCCACCCGUUCCAGAAAGCCAGGAUAUCCCCAUGGAAGACGACGUUAUUCUUGAAGUCGAGGAACCGACACCCGUUCCACAUGAUCAUGGGUCGUGGCUGCGGGGAGAAUCCAAGGGGAGCGACAACGUGCGCGCAUCACUGGAGAGUUCUCGAGUGAUCGGAAACAUUGACGACAGCUCCAUUCGUGAGCGACGACUGAUCCAGCGACCCAGCUUUGCUCCUUCGCAAGACAUGGCUAUGUCCCGAACCACACUUUCACCAUCUCACUCAUCCAUCCGACACGGCAUGAACACCCCUAGCCACUCCCAAACACUCGCGGCCGGCUCAACAUCAGACAUCUCCCGAGGCAUCGACUCACGCCGAUCCUCAGACACCAGCGGCCGUCGGGGUAAUACCAUCACCUCCCUCUUCCGACGCGGCUCUUCUCGCAUCAAGCGACGCUACAAGGAGCGCUUCCAGGACACCACCCCGGAAGUUUCCAAUGCUUCGCAUGAGUCUUUCUACAAAGUUCACACUCAAUCAUCUCCCCCUCCCCCUUCCAUGAUUCCAUCUCGGGUCUUGAUGCCAAGUGAGCCCAUCCAGCGAGCUCACUCCAAGUUCACCGAACAUUUUGGAGACGAGCCUUUAUCACCACCUGAUUCCCGCCUCCAAUCACCAGAUAUUCCAGAGGAAGUUGCAGAGUCUUCCUUCGAGCAAGAAGACACCUUCCUCCAUGGACCGAGCCCGACACCCGGUGUCGACAUCAAAAACCCCAACCGCAGUCACCACCGAUCAUGGACAUCCGAACUCAUGGAUGCGGAGGCAGACAAUGUUCCUCUUUCACAAUCGCUUGCCUCCAUUGAUUCAGAGGGCUCUUGGAUGUCUGGGCAAUUCUUCAAGCGCAUGUCUCAAAAUCCCAGCAGCCCCGUGCGAUCCAACCUGAACUCGUUUGGCCGCAACUCAGCCGACGUUCCUGCCGAUGCCCUCGAAGACAUUGAGGACAUGGAUGAGCCCGAUAGACUUGACAGCCCCAUCGGUGACCCAGAGCUCGGAAGCGAAAUCGACAGUGACAGCAAGCCCGCUGAAAGAUGGCACAACGAAGUCGGUCGUCGUCCCAUUGUGGUCACACCCGCCUCCCGGCCUAAGUCUACUCAAGGCCUGCUGCGCAACUUCCCCUCCUUGACGCCCAUCUCCGCCGAAGACGAUUACAUCGUGGCCGAGACUCCUUCUGAACUCCAGCGGAUCCCCAGUGCUAAAGCUGAAAUUGGAUACGCGGAGUGA